AUGCUUGAAAAUGAGUAUCUAAAGCAGCGAAGUAUGACAAUCGGUGAUAUAACAUUAUUGCAUAAUCAAAGCAUCAUACACAACUUCGAUAAGCCAUUAUCUGACUUUUUAUUCAAAGAUGUGGAAAAUACAGAAACUCAGAGCGACCAAGGCGACCAAGUUUCUGAUGUGGAUGUAACAUUUCAAUUAUGUUCAUUAGUUUUCGUUACGACACCAAACAAUCGUCAAACCCUUCAAUUCCCAAUCAAAAAUGAUUUGAUACCCAUUAAAAAUCUCAUCGACUUUACUCGUGAAAAAUAUGUCAUGAAUGAGAGAGACAAGUGCAAUUUAACUACAAUCUUGAUGGAAAUAUUGGAUGAAAAUGCUGUUCUGUCCGAGAUAAAUGCCAAAAAGUAUAUUCUGUUGAAAGAAAACGAAACUUGUUUCGUUACCGUUGAAACAAAAGACGCUGGGAACAACGUACAAAAAAUGGUGAGCCGAACAGCUACAAUCGCAAAUACACGACAAAUGUUCCAAAUUCUGCUCGAUCAGAACCUCAUAUCUCAAGAUGAUUUUAUUCCGACUGAAGAAACAGCGCUUUCUACAUUACUAUUUCCAAACACAACAUUAAUCACGUUCACAGUGGACAAUUUAACAUGUGAGCGUAUUUGUGAAAUUGGAUUUGUAGCUCUACGUGAAGACGCAACAUUGUACGACCUAUGCCUGAAAACUGUUGUGCUAGAUAAAUCACUAACACUCAAUAAAAUAAAUGAAGCAAACGAAUCGAUGGUUAUUGGUGAUGAAAACGAAUUUCAACUAGUUUGUGUUGCUCAAACAAAAUGCGUAGUUACCCUCAUGCUUGAUGAUCACCAUGAACACAAUGUUGUCGAGCUAUUCUGUGAUUCGAUAACGCCAAUCAAAUAUUUGUUUGAAACAGGAUUUUACAAAGUAGAGCAACAUCACAGUAGUCAGGAAGAACAGUCAGAUUUUGCCAUGUAUUACGAGCAUAUUGCUACGGAUUUGGAUCUUACAGUUCACAAUUUUUCAGAUGCAUUACCGGUUGAGAGAGCUCCUUUAGGUGAUAUUCUACAUUUUACAAUUAAAAAGACAAACCAAUAUCGAAGUUUUCUUGAAACGUCAUAA